GCUCGCUUUAGAUACCUGAAGGUUUGAGUUCGUUGCCACUAAAAAGUUUGUAGAGACGUGAACGAGUUCGGCUAAUUAUGCAGUCAACGAAUAAAAUUAAUAGAAGUAUGAACAGAUUGUGACAAAAGAGAUAUUCGAGGUCAUGGGGGAAGAUUUUAGUUCGGGACUUUUGGAGGGAUCUUCUACUACAUCUGGAGUACCCAUUGAGCACCUGGACUAUGGAUACAUAGAAAAGUGUUCUAAAAGCAAGGAACUGGAAAAAAUUCUUAGAGUUUUGCGGUCUGGCGAGGAAGGCCAUUAUCCAGAGCUUAUCAAAUUCACAGAGGAAAGAUUACAGAAGGUAAAUCCUAAAAGCAAGAGUCUUCGUAAAGAACUCCCCAUCAACACUUAUCGUGAUUUGACUAAAUCAGAGCACCAGGAGAUAACAGAUGACUUGCAGGAUUGGAUGGCAAAUAUCAAUGAAGAGGAUGAGGCAUUGAAGAAAUUAGGUGGAACUAAAGGAAUGGAAAAUGAUAAUCUUCCUCCUAUUAGAACAGCAGCCAGAAGUGAAAAACCUCCUGCUGAGCAGCCUCAAAAACCUACAGCUGAAAAGAAGAAGCCAGUGACACCACGUAGCUAUCAUGAAUGGGACAGAUUUGAUCCUGAUAAGGAGAUAGAAUCUUUGGAGAAACAAGAGGAGAAAGAAAAGAAAAAGAUGCAGGAGAAAGUGAGGGCAACCAACAAGAAUGCAAUUUCAGCAAAUGUGGAUUUGACAGGAAAGAGUGACACGGAGAGGAAAAUCCUUGCUACCAGAGAAAAGGAGAAAGGAAAUGAAGCAUUCCAGAGUGGCCAUUACUCUGAAGCUUUGACCUUUUACUGCCGAAGCAUUGAACUGGAUCCAAAAGCAGCAGCAGUAUACAACAACAGGGCACUUGCAGAAAUUAAACUUGGAAAGUUCCAAGAAGCUGUUGAUGACUGUGAUCAUGUGCUUAGUAUAGAACCCAAGAAUGUAAAAGCUUACUUGAGAAGGUCCAUUGCUCAUCGAGGGAAAGGGCUUAAUGAAGAAGCCAGGAAGGAUCUUAAUCAAGUGCUUUCUAUUGAACCUAAAAAUAAACGAGCCUUGGAAUUGCUUGAUGAAUUAAAAAAGAAAGAAAACAGUAAAAGUGAAGAACACAGCAAGCUUGGUGGAAAAUCAGCGGAAUCGCACCAAGACAAAAGUGAAUUAAAUGGCUCUGAAAGUACUUCUUCUAAUAAUCAUAGUUCUGUUAAAACAGAAAAAGUGUCGUCAAUGAAACCCAAAGGAAAAAGGAUGAAAAUCAUCGAGGUUGCGAGUGAAAAUGAACCAGAAACUUCUGCAAAAUCAAACGAGGAAAGAAAUAUUAAUGGAACGUCAACUAAAUCAUUUACUCAUCCAGCAGACAAAGCAGAAGCCAUUCAAAGAACUAUGGAUGGUGAAGGAGUGCAAUCGAGCGGUAAGGAAGAAGUUAAAAAACAGCCCCAACUACCUGGAUUAGUGCAGAAGGCUCAAGAAGAUGCCACACGACUGUUUAAACUGGGAAGAUUUGCUGAGGCAGCGGAGCAGUUUACAAAAGCUAUUGAUAUACUGAAGCAAAGUAAAGAAGAGAAAGUCGUAUCCCGUCACGCCAUGUGUGCUUUGCUGUGUAACCGUGGCUCGUGUAUGAUCAAGAUUGGUGACUGUACUAGUUGUAUAAAUGACUGUACAUCUGCCUUGGAGGUUUCACCGGGUGCUUUCAGACCACUCCUCAAACGAGCUGAAGCAUACGAAAUCUUAGAAAAGUUCGACAAGGCUUGGCUGGAUUACCAAAUGGCGCUGAAAAUCUCCCCUCAAAACAGCACUGCAUUAAAUGGAAACUACAGGACUUCAAAACAUCUAGAACGUCGGUUUGGAACGAACUGGAGAGGGAAAGUUUCCCCAAUGGAAUACUCACCAGUGAUCAAGUCUUCUGUAGCGCCGCCUACCACUGACAGCUCAUCAGCUCACCCUACCCCUACACAGUCAGCUGAAGAAGCCACAGACCAACUCCAUCCCUCCCCUCCACAAGGGAUAACCGAAAGCAUGCCAACCACCACUCAUCCUACUGUGGAGGCCCCUGUUGAUCCAGCUGUGAGGUUUGCACAGUGUAAAGAAGAAGGGAAUUCGUUAGUAAAACAGAACCGCUGCGAGGAAGCUGUUGCGCGAUACACAGAAUGCAUUAAUAUUGAUCCCAUAAAUGUAGCAAUUCAUACAAACAGAGCACUAUGUUACCUGCGACUCAAUCAGCACGAGCUGGCAAUCGAUGAUGCAACAGAAGCUCUGAGACUUCAACCUGAUAACGUGAAGGCUCUUUUCAGGAGAGCACUCGGCAAAAAGGCGUUAGGGCAGUAUGAUUCAGCUGCAAGAGACUUGUUAUCCCUCCAGAAGAUUGAACCGAAAAAUGCUGCCGCCAAGAAAGAAUUAAAAAUUGUUCUUGAGAUGUGCCGUAAGGAACGCAGGUCAUCACACGACAAAAAUGCAAAACUUAAAGAAAGAAAAGAGGAAAAGAAAGCCGAACAACAGGCACCGAAAAUUAGUCACGAAGAGACGAAAACAAAAUGGAAAAGAGUAACAAUAAGGGAUGUACAAGAUAGAGACCACGAGGAAGACGAAGGGCCAGUCCCCUCGCCGAAACAGCCGUCUCCUCCUACAGCUAACAAGCUUUCAGAUAAAGCGCCAAUUAACCCAAUGGAAGGGACCACAACUGGAAGGCCAGUCAAGCUUGCAAAGAAAACGCCGUAUGAUUUCUUUCAAGCGUGGAACUCGGUGAAAAAAAAUGAUACUAAAGAUUAUGCGGAUUUACUGAGGCAGCUAGAGACGAAACGCCUCACCAAAGUUCUCAGUAAUAAACUUGAUGCUCCAAUGUUAAGUAGCAUUAUAGCAGCCCUCAGCCAGGAAAUUGUUCCACAAGGAGAAGAAAAACUUGCUUGCCACAUUCUGGAAGAGCUUAGUCAUGUUGAACGAUUCGAUAUGGUGUUGUUAUUUAUGUCGUCUAAAGAAAAGAAAGAACUUCAACAGCUUUUCUCCAACCUUCAAGUUGUGAGGGACCAGAAGAAGUUUGUCACAAGUGAUGAAUUUGAACAGCUACAAAAGAAGUACAUGAAUUAGGAACCUAGUUCACUUUACUGUAGGACAAGUUAUGUGUUAGCCGUUUGACAAUGUUAUGAGCCUUCUUAGUUCCUU